ACAUGGAAACACGUUUAAGAAUUCUUAUUUACAAAUAAGCAUAAUGCGAUUCCUUACACAUAAACACACCAACCGCAAUUUACCACACCACUUACACAGUCCAACGGGUAAUUGUCGGCGUUAUGGCAACGCAUGGUGUAUAAUGGGUUACUGGGAGAUAAAGACAGCCUUUGCAAGUCCCAUUCCCCUGGUAUCAGAUAUUGUCUUCAAAAGCUCCGGCAAAUCCUGUGGUAUCACGCAAGGUCACCAUCGGUCGUGUCAGACAGAGCCUGCAGGUGUUAAAGAACUGCAGAUUGCCAAAUCUCAAGAUGAGCAGUGGAGAGAGAAGACCGGAAUAGUUGUAGGCACCAGUCGAAGUCCUCGAGAAAACAGGAGCAGUUGCAUUAUUGUUUUUGCAAUGCCUGCAGUAACAACUGUUUCCGUGUGCCUUAUCCUUCUCCUUAUUGGGGGACAAGCAUCGUCAUUGCCAACAACAACACGGCUGCCCGUGAGAAUCAGCAGGUCAAGUGAGCAAGGAGGUCACUCUGGUACAUCCGUCGACACAGAUGGCGAUGCAACUAUCGACUAUGAUGACGAAAAUAUCAAGUAUAUCAGAGGACAGGUUUUGCGAGCUGUAACCAAGACACCGGCCCACCCGUUCCUAGUACUGACCAACAAAACCAGUGGUCUUGUGUACGAAGGUUAUCUGAAGGACGUGUUGAGCAGUCUGGCCAGGAUUCUCAAGUUCGAGUAUGAGAUCUACGAAUCUCCUGACGGCAAAUAUGGAGUUCCUGACCACAAGGGGGUGUGGAAUGGGAUGGUGGGAGAGGUGGCCUAUGGGCGAGCGAAUCUGACGCUCGCACCAUUGACGAUCAGUUCCUUGCGAGAGAAAGUGGUGGACUUCACCAAGCCUUACCUGCACGUUGGGACUGACAUGAUGAUGAAGACGCCGAGUGAAGACGUGGACAUCUUCUCCUUCCUCAUGCCGUUCGAGCCGAUCCUCUGGCUCACCAUCCUGGGCGCUGUGAUGGGGAUCGCCCUGCUGCUGUACCUCACCGCAAAAGCCAGGACCAUGGUGGGUGCCGGUGACAAGUCAUGGGAUAACGACUCUGCCUUCACCAGUUACAACAGCAUAUGGUUUGCGGUCUGGUCCGUGUUAAGGAAAGGAGGUGAGCCGGCCCCUCGGUCCAUCCCAGCCCGUAUCCUGGCGGCGGGCCUGUGGCUGUUCGCCCUGAUCGUGGUGUCCACCUACACCGCCAACCUCUCCGCCUUCCUCACGGUCAAGAGACUCGAGAGCCACAUCAACUCAAUCGACUCUCUGGUCCACCACGCCAAGGUCAAGUUCGGCGUGCCCAGAGACACCUUUCUGUACAGCUUCUUCGAGUCCUAUAAAGACGACACUGGGAACGUCUACAAGGAAGCCUGGGACAGGAUGGAGGCGGACGACUCCUACUACAGGAACUUCGCGGAUGGUGUCGGGAAGACGAAGCGGGGUGAUUACGUCAUGCUGGCGGAGACGCCGUUCCUGGAGUACGCCGUGCUGAACGAUGAGAAGUGUGAGCUGAUGCUGGUGGGAGCACCAUUCAUGUUCCAGGGCUACGGGCUGGCCACCAGGCGGGGCGACCCGCUCCGCAAGGCUCUGUCCAUCGGUAUUCUCCGCCUCCAAGAGACAGGGGCUCUCUCGGCUAUCAAGCAGCGCUGGUGGCCGGAGGAUAAGUGCCCACUGUACGGGGGAUUGUCGGCUGUGCGAGGGAGGAGUCGUAUAACAAUCACGACAUUCUUAGGUGUGUUCUUCAUCCUUGCGGGUAUGGCUAGUCUGGCGUUGGUCGUGACUUUGGUGCAAGUCCUAUUUGCCAAAAGUCCGUGCGGCAAGAGAAGAUACAAGAAGAGAGAACAGUCUCAGGCAGUGCUACAAUCAAGUUCGUCUCUGUCAGACAGUAAGACGUCCCCUCCUCAGUUCGACGCUGCAAUAGCUGAUGGAGACUAGCGACCAAUCUAUAGGACAAUAGCGAUAUCGUGCGGAAGGCAAUAUAUUGCAUCACAAGGAAAUACAAUUAUACCCUGCUGUCAACCAGUAGCAACAUACACAUAGAAAUAUUAGACAGGAUACACACUAUAAAGAUAUUAAUGGCCUGACGUAAUGCCAACAUCCAGUAACAAACUACACUGGUGUAGGAAAAUACAAAUCAGUACAGGUCUGCCUUCACAACUCGAGGCUGAAUGGACUCGACUUAAGCAGCAGUAAGUAAGCAGUACACCUGGCACAAAUCAGCUCAGUAUGGACAUGCAAUACAGUAAUAAAUCGCAAGAUUUCGCUGAUAGACCGUCAAAGUAAUCGAGUACAUUACAUAACCCUAAUAAUACGCGUGAAAUAGCUCUAUGAAUAGGUGAUGUUCUAAGGGGAAAUAUAGAAAUUGUAACACUGCGUUCUCUUUAAGUUUGCCAUCAAUUUUAUCAACUGCGACUGAAUCAAUGGAAAGAAGCCUGUGAUUUGAUAAUACAUCCACUUUUGUUAUCUGGCCAUACCAUCUAUGCAAAUGUUCCUGAGCUUUACUACAAUAUAUAUAGAUGCAACGGUAACGAAUGUUUUAACAUGAAUCAGCUGUUAUGGAAUAAAGUAGCAAAAUGGACCGCUGUACUUGAAUGAAUAAAUACUUCACAUAAGUUAACUAAUAACAGACAAUCUCUUAAACUCACUUCUA